AUGUUAGGGUCCAGAUAUAGCAUGUCCAGGCACGGUGCAGACAAACCGCCGCGGACGGCCACAGUGAUCGACGACGAAGACGAGUUAUACGCCGGCUUCAACGACGUGUCCCCGGCUUUAGACACCAGGAGCCUGCGAGAAGAUCAGGCCUUCCAGCAGACGCUGCGCAGUGCUGGGCUCGGCAGACAAGUUCCGAGUCGAAUGGGCACUGGGAUGUUCCGCUUGAGCACGGUGAGCGUGCGCGGCGGGCAGUCGCGCGCGGGCACGGCGGCAGCGCGCCCCGUCACCGCCGUGCGCGCCGCCGGCUACACCUCCACGCGAGACACGCCCAGCAGGGAGGACAAGAAAGAAGACAGUGUCGAAGAUAAAAUAAAACAAAUGGAAUCUAAAAUAAUGACCUUGGUAGAAGAGUCUUGUAUGCUGAGCGCGCGAUCCAACUCGGAUGAAGAAAAUGACAGCAAACGAGAACAAAACCUGAGCCAGGCAUUAGCGAAAGCUCAAGAAGCUUCUACGUUGGAAAGGCAGUUGAUUCGAAUGCAGGAGCAGGCGAAUUUAGGAGACACUCACAACUUGGAUCUAACUUUUGCUGUACUCUGCAAUUUGGCUGAUCAGUACGCGCUAAAUGAAAUGUACACCGAAGCACUUAACACAUACCAACUUCUCACCAGGAAUAAGCUCUUUCCGCACGCCAACAGACUCAAAGUAAAUAUGGGCAACAUUUACUUUAAGAUGGGCGAGCACCCAAAAGCUCUUAAACUUUAUAGAAUGGCACUUGACCAAACCCCUACAGCUGAAAAAGAUUUAAGAAUGAAGGUGAUGCACAAUAUUGGACUUUUGCUUGUGCGUAUGGGCAAAUUCCGUGAUGCUGUUACGAACUUCCAACAUAUUAUGCACGAGCAAGGAGACUUUCAGACAGGUUUACACCUCGUGUUGUGUUCGGUGGCCCUCGACGACGCAGAGGGCGGUAAAGCGGCGUUCCAUGCCAUGCUGGAUGUGGAACCGCCCACCUACCAUCACGAUAUUGCUAUUGACGAUGAGAAUGACGCUUACGAGUGCGUGGUACGCGACGUAGUCCGCGGCGACAAGCUGUCGCGCUGGUCGCGAGCGGCGGCCGCGCUCGCCGAGCGCUGCCUCGCGCUCGCCGCCGCCGCGCUCAUGCGGCCUCAGGCGCGCACGCACCGCGACGACGACUCAGGUGGAACGUCGUGGUGUGUGGAAGCUCUUCGCGGGUACUCGGGCGGAGGCGCGGGCGCGCGGCUGGAACUCGGCAGCGCUUUGGCGGCGCUGCGGAGCGCUGCAGGGGCGGGCACCAACCCAAGUGCGGGCCCGAUGGCCGCCGGGGUUCGAGCGCUGCAGCGGCUGAAAGCGGUCGCGCGGGCGCAUCCUAAUGAUAGAGUUCUGCGUGCUGAAGCUAACGCCGAUGCCGCUUUCGUGGCCUAUGCGCUAGGCAAAUACUCGGAGGCGCGGUCGCUGAGCGAGGCGGCUUCGCGCGACGACCCGUACGGCUGCGCGGCGCGCGUGUGCGGCGCGCUGGCGGAGUUGGCGCAGCCCGCCUCGCCCGCGCCGCCCGCCGCCGCCGCCGCCGCCGCGCGCCUCGUCGCCGCCACGCACCUCGACCCCACCGACCUCAUCGUGAUGCACGACUCAGCCCUCGCCCUGGAGAUGACGGGCGAAGCGAGCGGCGCGGAAGCGCGCUGGCAGCGCAUCCGCAGCGCGGCGGGCGCGGGCGCCACGCUGCGCGCGCUGGCUGCGGCCGGCCUCGCGCGCCUCGCGCGCUCGCACGCCGACGACACUGCAGUUUCCGCUGCCGAGCAUUGGUACAGCAUGAUAGGCACUUGGGACGCGGGCGUGACGUGCGCGCUGGCGCAACUGCACAGCGACAUGGGCGACGCGCAGAGUGCCAAACAUCACUACCAAGACGUGGAAGCGGUCUGGCCUUGCGAUGUGACCGUGCUGCAGUGGUUGGCAAGCGAGACAUCGCCGGAACAAGCGCUGCAGUACUACCGCCGCGCUGCGAGGUUGCAGCCUAAUAAUCCGGAAUGGGGACUGCUACUAGGAGGCUGUCUGCGCGCUACUGGUCGCUACCAAGAAGCCCUGGCUCUCUACAAGAAACUCAAUUCAAGAUUUCCUGAUAAUGUUCAAUGUUUGAAGUUAAUCGUGAAGCUGUGCGGAGACCAGCGCCUGGAGGAGACGAGCGCGUGGAGCCGCGAACUGCAAAGAGCACAGGCGCGCCUCAAACAGCAAGAGAGAGUUAGCGUCACAUCAGCGGGUAGCGGAUCCUCGGGAGCGAGCCAAUCACCCGUACAACAAAUCCGAGGUAUAUCUCGAGCUGACAGCGCAACGUCUGCGUCAGGAGUUCCAACGCGUGCACGCACGAAUAGCCACGAUAGAUUCGCCCAUGACUCCAUGCAACCGACGACGCGAUCUAGCGCCCGUUCUGAAAGUAAAAAGAAACAUCUGGAAGACUUCGAUGACGAUUUGCCCUUGCCGCCCGAGUAACGAAGUCGCAUUGAACUAUUUCCAACGUCACGUUUCGUCGUAGACAUAAGAAACAUACAUUUUUAUAACUUUGCUACGAUAUGAAUAAAAUAUAUUGAACUAA